GGCCAAUUUUGAUUGAAGGAAACUAUCGUCAGGAUAGUGUUGCGUUGUAAUUAAAUGAAAUUAUCGAAUAUGAAAAAUGUUUAGAAACUGAAAGAGUUAAGACAGAUUGGCAUCCAUAGGUGUCCAAGUUUUUUCGCAAAACUCGAGGUUCGUAUAAAUAUAAAUGUUGAUCUCAGCCACCUGAACGAAUGCGAAGAUGCAACGGGAGUCGAGCCGAGUAAUAUGUACAUAAAUUUCUGCUGGAAAUGCUGUACUUCGACGAGGAAUUUGUUGAAAUUUAUUGAACUGUCUGGCUAUUCAUGUUAUAUUUGUCCGACAUAAGAAUGAAUCUUUGUUCGUGACACGUUCUAUAAAGUCGGUGAGACGGUGAUAUUUGGGUCUGCAUGAUAAACGGGAUGGGCUUUUCUACAAGUUUGCAAGGGCAAGCGUCCCACGAGGCGUUGCUCGGCCGUCAGGAUGCUGAAAUCAAACUUCUCGAAACGAUGAAACGAUGCCUGACGACUAAAGUUAAGUCGGAUCGUGAGUACGCUUCCACGAUUUCAUCCUUAGCGAGUCAAGGAAAAAAAAUUGAGCGCAACGAGGAUCUCGUUGGUAGUCUGAUAGCACAGAGCUGGAGGGAUAUCAUGGACUCCAUCGAUCAGACUGCUAAGUUAAUCAAGCAACAAGCUGAUUCAAUUGAAGGUAUAGUUGUGGAACAUAUCAUGACACUGUGCUCCGAAAGAAGAAGAGCUAGGAAAUUAUAUCAGGAGGAGCAGACAUGGUUGAACAAUCAGUUUCAACAGCUAACCGACGAUGUUACCAGAAAGAAAUUGGAAUAUCAGAAGAGUUUAGAAUUGUAUAAGUUGAUGAGAUCCCGCUUUGAAGAGCAUUACAUUAAAUCGGGUAGAGGUGGUAGAAAGUUGGAUGAAGUAAGAGAAAAGUAUCAAAAGGCUUGUAGAAAACUUCAUCUUACUCACAACGAGUAUGUGUUACUUCUGGGUGCUGUAACAGAGUGUGAGCAUGAUUUGAGAACGUGCUAUCUACCAAGUUUGCUUCAUCGGCAGCAGGCAAUUCAUCAAGAACUCAUAACAUCGUGGAAGGCCAUACUUCAGGACAUAGUAAAGUAUUCGGACUUCACAACGGAUAAGUUUCAAGAGAUACAUGUGCGAAUGCAGAAGGCUGUAGAUUUCGUGAAACCUGUAGACGAGUACAGGGACUUUAUAGGAAAGCAUAGAACGCAACCAGCAUCGCCGAUAAGAUUCACAUUCGACGAGAACCUUGUAGAUGAUACUUCGGGAAAAUUGUUGCCAAAUAAAUUGACGGUAGAUAAUCUGACAAUAGAUUGGUUAAGAAAUCGGCUAACAGAACUGGAGACUUCUCUGAAAGCGACUCAACAGAACCGACAAAAUCCUCAGUAUCCAUCAGAGAAUAAUACUGAUUCUAAGGUAUCGACUCUGGAUUAUUCCCGCGAGAGAGAAGAAUUACGCUUACGUUGUCAGGAAAAAAAGCUUCAACGACAAGUAGACGUGAUUAGAGCUGCAUUGAAUGAGUUGGGCUGUGAAGAACUACCAUUGGGAUACGAUCUUUCUAUGGAGACUUCUUUCACUGAUUCGCCAACUAUUAGUAAGAAAAGUACAGUUGCAGAUAUCGGUCUAUUUACAUUACGAAGAAAUCAACGAUUUAUGACAAUAUUUAGGUCUCCCUUCAAAUCUUUACCGAUGAUAAACGAUACGAAAGAUGGAACAGUUAGAUCGAGUAGCGAAGGUCCUACUUCAAAAACAGAUAAUACUUUACCAGUUGCACCAUUACGUGGAAUUUCUCAUAUAACAACUAAUCAGAAAGGAAAUGGAAACGGCGAUCUUAUGGAGGAAGAAUGGUUUCAUGGUGUAUUGCCUAGAGAGGAAGUAGUAAGUUUACUUGUAAACGAAGGAGAUUUUUUAGUACGCGAAACAACAAGAAACGACGAGUGCCAAAUAGUUCUAUCCGUAUGUUGGGAUGGGCAUAAGCAUUUUAUUGUACAGACAACAAACGAAGGACAUUAUAGAUUCGAAGGUCCUACAUUCCCGUCAAUUAAAGAAUUGAUCAGUCAUCAACGGUUAUCUGGUUCACCUGUAACCAGUCGAUCUGGAGCAAUUCUGAAAACGCCGAUCAUACGCGAACGCUGGGAGCUUAAUAACGAUGAUGUAAAUCUUUUAGAAAAAAUAGGACGGGGUAACUUUGGAGAUGUAUAUAAAGCGCAACUCAAAACUUGUAAGACUGAAGUAGCUGUAAAAACCUGCAAAGUAACAUUACCAGAUGAACAGAAGCGCAAGUUCUUACAGGAAGGACGAAUAUUGAAGCAAUAUGAUCACCCAAACAUAGUAAAACUUAUUGGAAUUUGCGUUCAGAAACAGCCUAUCAUGAUUGUUAUGGAAUUGGUGCCGGGUGGUUCUCUGUUAACUUACUUGAGAAAAAACGCUAGUACCAUUACGCAACAAGAACAGCUCCGCAUGUGCAAAGAUGCAGCGGCAGGUAUGCGCUAUUUGGAAUCUAAAUACUGUAUCCAUAGAGACUUAGCAGCCCGAAAUUGUCUCGUAGGAUACGAAUCCAUAGUAAAAAUUUCAGAUUUUGGAAUGUCGCGAGAGGAAGAAGAAUAUAUAGUUUCAGAUGGUAUGAAGCAGAUUCCAAUUAAAUGGACUGCGCCAGAGGCAUUAAAUUUCGGUAAAUACACGUCAUUGUGCGAUGUAUGGAGUUAUGGAGUCUUGAUGUGGGAAAUAUUUUCUAAGGGCGGAAAUCCCUACAGCGGAAUGUCAAAUUCACAGGCUCGCGAGAAAAUAGACGCAGGUUACCGAAUGCCAGCUCCAGAAAACGCGUCAGAUGAAAUAUACCGUUUAAUGUUACGAUGCUGGGAGUACGAGCCAGAGAAACGUCCUCACUUUGAUCAGAUUUACACUGUCGUUGAGACACUGUCUCAAGCGUAUUUGUAAAGUAUAAGUUUAAAUCGGUACUAAUCUGUAUCACGAACUACAUUACCUUUACUUCAUUGUUAUACUUAUAGAUUAUGUCGUACAAAUCGUGAAACUGAUGCUCAGUAUACCAAAAUGAUUGCUGAUACAUGGCUUUCUUCGUGCAAUUCGCUUAUUAUUCCUUUUAACUUGCCUUUAUUCUUUCUUUUUUUUUUUUUUGUAUUUGUAAUUUUUUCCUUUACUGGCAUUCCAGAGUAACUCGAUUGUUUUAGAUCUGUAAAGCAUAUUGCAUUCAAUUUCAUUUUACAUGAAAUGUCACGUACGAACUGGGCUUGAAAUUUUGAAAAUUGACUAUUGGUACUUCGUGUUUGCCUUGUAUUUAUAUAUCAUUACGCAAAACAGCGUGUAUAAUGUAUUAUGAAUCAUGUUCAUACGUGCCCUAUUGUCUGUUUCCUUUUUGUUUUUUAUUAAUAAUUUUGCAUUCACAUUUCUUAAAUUAUUUAUCCGUCCAUGUAACGAUUCACUUUCAUGUGCUAUAUAACAAACAUAGUAUAUACCACUAAAAUCAAAAUUAUAAUGUGAACUUUCGUUUAUUGUCAUCGCAAAAUUUUGAAACAACGUAAAUGAUUGACACGUGAAUCUCAAUAUUACCUUAAGAGAUGUAUGUAUAUUCUAUUAAUUUCUUUAUUGUCGAGCAAUCUUUGUGCAAAGCAAUGUUUUCAUUUUUAUUGGCGAGAAUUGCGAUUACGAAAAAUCGUCUACUUAUUUUAUUACGUUAAUUAUUGCUGUGCAAUAUACAACAUAUUUAACUUUUAAAAAUGCACAUAAUUUACGACGUAUUGUAACCACGUGUAAAGAUGAAAUGUAUACGUGCGUAGUAUGUAUGUACGUUUAAGUGAAAUGUAUAAGUUGAUUUCCGACGAGUUAAAAAAAAAAUAUUCGGAGCAACUGAACUCUUAUAUUGUAUAAUAGAAUUGAUAUAUGCUUUA